AAUCGAAGAUUUCUCUCUCUGUAUCUCUCUGUCUAUCUCUCUGUCUCUCUCUCUCUCUCUCUCUCUCUCUCUCUUUGUGCUGCUGAUAUUGAGCGUUUGGAAACGUUUGUUUUCGUUCAGUGUGAGGGUGGACCUAUAGUUUCGUAAGACAAGCCUGCAAGACCAUCUUCUUCGCCCAGAAACACGGAAGGACACGGACAGCUUUUUAAACAUCUGCAAGACGUUCACGCACCUGUGUAGUCCCUAGGAACUUGCCUCAAGAUGAAGAUCGCCGUUCUUGGUGCCACAGGGCAAACGGGGCAGCAGCUGGUUGGCCAAGCUCUACAGCAGGGGCACAUAGUCACAGCCGUUGUGAGGACUCUUGGAAAACUGACUGUAACUCAUGACAACCUCAAGGUGGUUGAGGGGAAUAUUUUCUCAAAAGACAGCCUGAAACCACACUUUGAAGGCCAGGACGCUGUUAUGUCAUGUCUUGGGUUUCCACCGGCUCCUUUGGCUGGAGUCACUGGCUACACUGAGUCUAUAACAGCAACGCUCAGCGCUAUGCGAGAGGCCAGAGUGAAUCGAUACAUCACCAUGACGUCAUGGUACACUGAACCUAAUUCUGGCAACAAAGCUUCCUUCUUUAUCCGUUACAUGCUGCUGCCAAUGAUUGGAAGCGUUUUGAGCAACAUGUACAAGAUGGAGCAGGUUUUGCAGGAAACUGAGGACAUCAACUGGACUGUAGUCAGGCCACCUGGACUCCAGAAUACACCUGUAACAGAAAAAGAGAUCCUGACUCACGAAGGUUACUAUGUCCCUGAUGAGAAUGGCAUCCCUAUAGGACAGAGCGUGUCCAGAGCAGACGUCGCUCGCUUCAUGCUCUCUCUGCUCGGCACCAACUCCUGGAUAAAGAAAGGGGUGGCCAUCAUCACCAAAUCAUAACACAUACACCUAAACACUAAAACAGAUUCUCGUUUAUUGCCUUUACCACAUGUUGCCUAUAUACGCUUGUUUUCAGUAAACAUCACUGUUUAUACAUAAUCUUUAACUAUAAGGGACGGUUUAUAUUAAUAACCAGAUGCCAAAAAUAUUUUUUGCCAAUGCCUUAUGAACAUUCAAUUCAAGCUCUUCACAGUGCAUUUUAAGUAAUGAGGGUAAAAUAACUAAUGAGUAGAGGAGUCUUGGUUACUGCAGGAAACUCCUUUUUUAUUCCAAAGCAAUGGAUUAUCUUCUACAACUGCUUCAAGUACACAAUCACAGCACUUUGUCAAUCAGGGUUCACAAUGUGUUACUUAUUAAAGGAUUGUAUGUUCUUACUAAUAAAUAUAUUCUUAGCAUUGCC